AUGUCAAGUUUCCAGAACUUCACAUCCUCUUCCAUCAUUUUCCUGCUUACUGGUGUUCCUGGGCUGGAAGCCUUCCACACCUGGAUCUCCAUUCCCUUCUGCAUUCUCUAUGCAACUGCCCUCUCAGGGAACAGCCUGAUUCUCUUUGUCAUUGUCACGCAGCCCAGUCUCCAUGAACCCAUGUAUUAUUUCCUGUCCAUGCUGUCCACCACAGACCUUGGGCUGUCCAUAUCCACUCUGGUCACCAUGCUGGGCAUAUUCUGGUUUAAUGCCAGGGAGAUCAGCUUCAAUGCCUGCUUGUCACAGAUGUUCUUUAUCAAACUCUUCACUGUCAUGGAAUCUUCAGUACUGUUGGCUAUGGCUUUUGAUCGUUUUGUGGCCAUCUCUAAUCCCCUUAGGUAUGCCACUAUUUUAACCUACUAUAGAAUAGCUCAAAUUGGAGUGGCAAUUGUCAUCAGGGGAACCCUAAUGUUGACACCAAUGGUAGCACUUCUUAAAAGAUUGUCCUUCUGCAACAGCCACAUGCUCCACCACUCCUACUGCUUCCACCCUGAUGUGAUGAAGCUCUCAUGCACAGACACCAGGAUCAACAGUGCAGUUGGAUUGACUGCCAUGAUUUCUACUGUUGGUGUGGACUCAGUCCUCAUCCUCCUUUCCUAUGUUUUGAUAAUUAGGACUGUCCUCAGCAUUGCUUCCCCUGAAGAGAGGAGGAAAGCCUUUAGUACAUGUGUCUCCCAUAUUGGGGCUGUGGCUAUAUUCUAUAUUCCAUUGAUCAGUCUGUCCUUUGUGCACAGAUUUGGAAAAGGAGCCCCGCCAUAUGUACAUACCAUGAUCGCUAACACCUACCUGCUGAUCCCUCCUGUAAUGAACCCCAUUAUCUACAGUGUGAAGACCAAACAGAUACGUAGAGCUGUGAUAAAAAUUCUCCAUUCUAAAGAAACAUAG